AAAAAAAGGACAAGGAGAGGGAAAAAAAAAAAAACCCAAACCAAACCAGCCUCUUAUUGAAAUUAAAAUGAGCUCCUAUUUUGUCAACUCACUCUUCUCCAAAUACAAAACCGGCGACUCCCUGCGCCCCAAUUACUAUGACUGUGGCUUCGCGCAGGAUCUGGGGGGCAGACCCACCGUGGUGUACGGCCCCAGCGCGGGGGGCACCUUCCAGCCCCCUCCCCAGCUCCAGGAGUUCUACCACGGCGCCUCGUCGCUCUCCAGCUCCCCGUACCAGCAGAACCCGUGCGCCGUGGCGUGCCAUGGGGACCCGGGCAACUUCUACGGCUACGAGCCGCUGCAGCGGCAGAGCCUCUUCGGGGCGCAGGAGCCCGAGCUGGUGCAGUACGCGGACUGCAAGCUGGCCAGCGGCCUCGGAGAGGAGGCGGAGAGCUCGGAGCAGAGCCCUUCUCCCACCCAGCUCUUCCCCUGGAUGCGACCGCAAGCAGCCGCCGGACGCAGGAGGGGGAGGCAAACCUACAGCCGCUACCAGACGCUGGAGCUGGAGAAGGAAUUUCUAUUUAAUCCCUACCUGACCCGCAAGCGGAGGAUCGAGGUCUCGCACGCCCUGGGCUUGACAGAGAGGCAGGUCAAAAUCUGGUUCCAGAACAGGAGGAUGAAGUGGAAAAAGGAGAACAACAAAGACAAGUUUCCCAGCAGCAAAUGCGAGCAGGAAGAACUGGAAAAGCAGAAAAUGGAAAGAGCGCAGGAGGUGGACGAGGAAGGGGAAGCACAGAAGGCGGACAAGAAAUAAAGGGAUUUUUUUUUUUUGAGGACUGGAAAGGCGAGCGCUGCUGGGCUGGAGGAGCCCCCGAGCCCCCCGUUAAGGGCACUUGGUGUAAGGGAGGGCUGGGGGGGGUGGGGGGACACACACACACAACACACACAAAAACAACAACCCAGAAAAAAACCACAAAGCGUAGAAAAGACAAAAAAAAAACCCACAAAAAAAAAAAAAAAGGAGAAAACCCACAAAAAACCCCGACCCCUUUUAUUGCUGUAAAACAAUUUAGCUGCGAGCAGCACUUUGGCGGUGAUCCUUUGAUAGCAGGAGCGGGAGGCGGGAGGCACCGGGAGCUCGGGGCUGAAUUUGCCAGUUAUUAACUAGCGGUAGUGUAACGCAAUAGCUUCUGUAAAACAUGACUGUGAAAUCCUCUCUCUCUCUCUCUCUCUCUCUGUCCUUCUGUCUGUCUCUCUCUUCUUUCCGGGGGGGCGUGGGGGGUGGGUUGGUUACCAUAGCUUUCAGCGCUAGAGGAGUUAUGUGAUAUUACAUUUGUGCACUUUUUUGUUUUUGGUUUUCUUUUAUUGAGUUUUAAUUUGGAUUUUAGUUUGUUUCCCUGCCCUGGUUUUUUGUUGGGGUUUUUUUUGUUGUGGUUUAUCUGUACGUGCUGGAGGUAGCUAUCGAGACAAACAUCCCAACAACAUGAAACUGCCUAUUUAUGCUAUAGUUAUCUCUCUCUUCACUUUUCCCUCUUCUUCACCUCGCUUAGUCCUUUUUUUUUUUUUUUUUUUAAUUUUUUUUCCCCAAUUUCUCAAUGUCUCUUCCGUAAGGAAAAAAAAAAAAAAGGGAAAAAAAGCAAAAAAAAAAAGCGUUUUUCUCUCCUUUAGUUAGCAUGCGCACAGUGAAGCAAGUUGUAAAGUGAUCUUUAGGUUAACUGUGAAAAAGAAUGUAUACUGUAUCCGUGAAUUACUUUAUUGGGGGGAACUAAUGCUAUAUUUUGUUGUUCUUUCACCACUUUGUUCUAUUGUCUAAAACCUGGAAGCGGCGGAAGAAAAGUUACAAUAAAAGUUUACGAGCGAGAAUUCCGUGACAUCA